AUGAGAGUAAAGCUAAUGGACUAAGCUAAAAAUUGGGGGAGAAAAUUUAAGAAGUUAUAGAAAUAUAGAGCAAUUCUCAGUAAAAAUAACAAUAAGCAAACUAAGAUAAAAAAUAACUUAUUAUCAAUACAAAAAUUGAAAUUCAAUAAUAAGUAAGUCUAUAAAAUCUUACUGAAUAGGGGGCAGAUAUCAAAAGAUAGUAAUUAUUUUGAGAAAGAUAGAUAGGAUAAUCUUAUUAAUCAAGCAGUGACUCAAGAGAAACACAUCCAUACUAUGGUAAUUAAAGAUAUUCUAAGCAUAAAAAUGAUCAAGACUUUAAUUGAACAAGAAGAUGGGGGAUUUAUGAGGACUAACUCAAAAUUUUCUUCUUUAAAUAAGGCAGAUCUGAAUAAUGUGAAUUCAUCUGCAAACUCUUUUAAGAUUUACAAAAAUCCAAAGAAAGAAAGCCCAAGACUAAACAAAUAUGCUUCAGAAUCAGUAGAGCUAAAAUAUUAAAAUAAGGACUCAAUUAAAACUUUGGAUUUUUAAAACUUGUUAAUUGACAGAAAAUUUUCUAUGGAAAAUCCGAAUCAAGCUAAGACUUUCAAAGUGAAAUCUGUUAAACAUUAAUAAACAAUACAGAAUAAUACUUUGAUGCUUCCUAAAUUCAAAAACUUUGGAAAAACAAUAAAUGCAAUCCCUGAAGAAGAAGAGGAAAAAACACGGCGAAGAAAUUCUUUAGGGAAAUCGAGGAAUAUGAUUUUCGCUUAGCAAAAAUAGUAUUUAAUGAAAUCUGCUGAAAACAUGCCCUAAACUCAAGCAUUGGGUAACUAAACUAAUGAAGAUGAAAAAAAGGUAAAAUCAAUCUAUAUGAAAUCAGCAAUUAUCAAAAGAAUGAUGAUGAAUCAGGAAAAGAAAUUAGAUAGUUUUGCUUGUGUCGACCCAAUUCAAUCAUUAAAUAAGAUGGGUACUUCCUAUUUAUAAAUUAUGAAGGAGCCUAUUUCCUACAAGAUUAUCUAGUCUAGAUUAGAUAAAUGGAGAGUUGCAAAGAUAGAGGAAAAUGAAAGUAAACUUGAGACCUAUAGCAAGAAUGAAAAUUUGAGUAAAAUCGAAUAAUUAGACACUAGUGCUAGGAAUACAAACAAAGAACUAUAUUAAGGCAAGCCUAACUAAAAAUUUGAUAAGGAGCUUAGACUAGUAAAAAUCAUUGAAUUUGCAGCUUGCAGAUAAAUUGAAUCUCAAUCCUAAAGAGCUGAAAAACAUUAAGCUAUCAUCAUAACAUUCAAGUAGAUAAUCAAUAAUAAAACAAGUAUCCCCUUAAAGCUAAAGAGGUUCUAAGAAUUAUACGAUGAAAUAUGA